GUAGAUCUAGGUCACCCGGAUUUUAGAGAUCCAAUAUGGAAGCUUUCUUACUCACGUGUGAUUUGUUUUGAUCACGUUGAUUUGUAAACAACUGUGGAAAAUGUGAUUUGGGAGAACGCGAAAGCUGUUUUCUACAAUGGAAUUUGAGACAAAAGUAGAAGAAAGUAUGGAGCGAUUACAAGUGACGGAUUUAGAAGACAAGUUGCAGAGACUGCAACUGAUUGAGAAGUCUGCUUUGUCGGUAGCCAAAGUUGAACCAGAUUAUGUACUGGACUUUGCUGUUCAGAAAAGUGGAAGUGAUGGUCGUCUAGCAGCAACUAGUAGUAACUACAACAUCAGGAUAUACAGCCGAGUAGAUCUAGCAAAUGUUGGAAGCAUUAAAGGUCACACUGAUGUGGUGUCUGGUGUCACAUUUGGGAAGACAGAGCCCAGUCUGCUAUUCUCCUCCUCCCACGAUGAGACUCUCAGAUGCUGGGAUCUCCGUGUGGGGAUGAAUAAGGAAGUGCAGGCAUUUUCAGUUUUCUCCCCUGCAGCACCUGCCACAGUGAGCCCUCAGCUGACCUGUCUGGACAUCGACUGCACAGACAAGCUGUUGUGUGCAGGGACAGAGGAGGACGAUGACAGUGCCAACAUUUUAUUUUGGGACCGGCGGAAAGCUGAAUGCUUGGGAUGCUAUGGCGAAUCUCAUCAAGGGGACAUAACUCAGGUGAGAUUCAACCCCAGUGACAAAGACCGCCUGUCAACAGCGUGUGUAGGUGGCCUCGUUUGUGUGUUUGACAUCUCCCAGACCAGCGAGGAUGAUGCCCUGCUCUAUACCUUCAAUGCUGAGUGUUCUGUGAACUCGAUUGGCUGGUACGGGAGCAGACGAACAGAAAUCUACUGUUUGACAUCUAUAGACACGUUUCAUGUGUGGGACACAGUCGAGGGUGAUGAACAAGCGAGAGUUAACGAUGUAAAAGAUAAACUACAGGGGGCUGCCUCUGUUGACUACAUCGUGGACCUGCUUCAGCCAGAGUGUGACAACAUGGACAUUCUAGUUGCAGGGACAUAUGGAGGUGAUGUGAGGAUUCUGGAGGUGGUAGAGGAUGAUGUGAAGGUGGUUCACACUCUCGGCAGCAGCGGACACACGGACCGGGUACGCUGCUGUGACUGGGAUGCUCAGACUACAAGCCUAGUGACAGGAGGGGAAGACUCCCUGCUGUGUCUGUGGUCAACCCAAACCAAACCUUCAGCAAAAGUCACAUCAAAGAGCAGAGCCAAGUUAAAAAGAAAAGGACGGUCAUCACAACCUUAUAAGCUAUGAUCACACACAAGACAGUAGAUUUGUUCAGGAGAGGGAAGAAGUCGGAGUAUUUGAGGGUCACUCAACAACACUAACGUUUCAUUUUGCAACAUAUUUUGAAAAGAACAUUCUUAAAGAUCCCAAAUAGAUUUUAUUAAACUGAGAAUUCAAGCACAUGUUGGCUUUUUGAAUUACAGGGAAAUGCCUGUUAAAUAUAAACACUGGAUGUGCUUCAAUACCAAUCAACAAUGUAAAGACUUUGUCUUGUUAGAAUAUAGGUCCUAACAACCAAUGCUUUUUGAAGGGAGGUUGAUCAGGGUUUGUGACUUGGUUGAUGCGAGUAAUCGAAAUCGGAUGUCGAAACUUGCUGCUCAUAAUAUCAAUCUGUGGAUUGUGUAGUUGAGGCAUUGUUUUUUACAGGCAGCUGUUAUAUGGCUGGAGUAUUGCUGAGUGCAGCAUUAAAAGGAAAUAAACAAAAUGUCAAUCUCAUUAAAAUCAGAUCUAGGUUCUCUCUAUCGCGACAUCAGCCAAUUAGGAAGCAGCUUUCUCGAGCUACUCGGCACUCUUUUCAACCUGGCCACUUCCAUUUCAGGCUUUGCUUGGUCGGAUGAAAGGCCGUUCUGACGUGACCCGUAAUGGGAUUGUCUCAGAUCUUUGUUUAGCGAUUGCGGGAACUAAGAUCUGAUUUUAAUGAGAUUGACAAAAUGUAAGCCUUGUCAACAUGUGGUCGUCUUGCAUUGUGGGAUGGAAGAUGCUGUGGAUCCUGAUGACCAUGCUACCCUAUCAAUGCCACCAUCUGCAUCCCUGUCUGUUGUUAAUAUUAUCAUUAUUAAUACCUUUCAAAGAUUGAGCAAUGUUUGACUUGGUAUAAUUAUGAAAAAACACACAACAAAUCUGUUGUUAUUUUCUGUUUAUGCUGUUCUUAAUAAAGCAUGAAACGUU